AUGCCAGUCACCACCCGUCGCGCUGGUCCGCCCGCCGGGGGCUAUCAGGAACUGCCCGAAGUUACUCGUAAGAGAAAAGUCAUCCCGACAUUCUACAUCCCUCCCCCAUCCACACCAGAGCCCGCCUCACCAGAACCCGCCUCGCCCGUUACUGCCUACCCAGAGCAGCCACUAUCAGAGCCCGCCUCAUCGCCUUCACAAUUCGUACCCUCCUCACCCACACCCGCACCAAUUUCACCAGAGGCCUCCCGGCUACGCAGACUGGCGAGUCUCAUCGUGAAUGUUGUCCGUACUAACACCCCACAAGCAGUGCGAACUCCCAAGCGUCCUCUAGAAGACGAUAGCGACGACGAGCACCGCCCAAAGCGCAUCAACAGCGAGAGCCGCGCAAGCAUCCUCAAAUUCGACCCGUUCGACCCCAACCGCAAGCGCUCUGCCAUUAUUGACCCCAAAACCCCGAUCAGCCGUCGUUUGGCAAGUAUCCGAAGCACACAGUCGGCCCGGCAACCAACGCGAAAAGGCGAACAAACGCGCAUGCUACUCAAUCAGCUCGGCCCAAAAACUCCUCUCGUCCAAACUCCUGCACAGCCAGAACCCUCGCCAGUCUCAACACCAUCGCGACAGGGCAUCCUUGGAACAAUCGCUGGCAGUGUCACAAGAACAUUCAGACGCACAUUCUUCGGCGGCGGCAGCGAUACGGCGCAACAAAGUCCAGCUGGUUCUACGAUCGAGCCAAAUCCUUUCGAGAAUAACAACGUGCCUAAGGCUGCCACCCGCACAAAUCGCCCACCUUCAAAAUCUCGCCGCACCAAACCCCAAACCUCCAACCAACAACCCAGUGUCGAAGACAGCGCAGAGGAAGGAGAAGAGUUUCAGACGAUUCAAAUUGUCGGCACGAACAAGCGCAAGAUGGAUGAUCAAGAUGCACCACCAGUGAAGAAGCAGCGCAUGCUCAACGCUGAUGAAUUUGGCAAUCCAACCGGCAGAUACGGUCUCCAGGAUGAUUGGCUUGAAAUUGAUGAUGAAGAUGAUGAAGAAGUCGCCACGCCUGAAGAGUCCGAGGAGCCGAGAGCUGCUGAGCCAGAGAACAGCUACAAAGAUCUUGAGCACUUCCAGCCCUCCUCCUUGAAGCGCAAAGGCAUCUUGAAGGCCGCAGGAAACGCGCCAGUCAACGGUCAGAACACCAAAAAGGUUGGCUUUGGUCAGAACGAGGUCAAGACAUACUACAAUAACAGCUUCGGUCCUGCUGGUAUUUACACCGGCACGUUAUUCAGAGACGACAAGGACCCUGUCAUGACCCCGCAGACCAAUGCCUUCAACAACGAUAGCACUCCGUCCACUCACGGUAGCGCAGGCUACACUCCAGGACCGCAUUACCUACACGAGGUGGGAGGUGCGUUCAUCGCUGAUUCCCCAACCACCGUCGACAACACCCGUACGAAUGUUGUAGAACAACACUGGGCCGCACGUGGUGCCGAUCAGGAGGAGAAACAGUCCUACCAGCACAAAGUCGACGCCCUCGAGAACGCCGCAAAGAAGAAGGAAAAGGCAGAGAGACAGAAAUUGGCAUUCCAGCAAGCUGCAUACAACGAAAUGCGUGGAAUCAAACCCACCUACAAAGGAACGAAGGAGUACACCAACGGGAACAUCAACAAGAAUAUCAACCAGAACACCAAUCCAAGUGGCCGCUUCCAAGCCCCCGAGCCGGAAGAUGAUGAUGAUAGCGUUCUCCAAGAAGAAGAACCCGAGGUCACACAAAUCCCCAAUGCUCCUAAAAUUUCUCAUGCAGCUCUACCAGGAUCCAAUGAUCGCCUGACCAAGGCACGACAGGAAGCACAGCAAUACAAGCCAAAGCAAGCCUCACGACUUUCGCAAGUCUCGGCUGCUCGGUCGCGAUCGUCAUCCCCUCCUCCACCUGAAGCAGGAGGCACACAACAACUUAGCGAUGAGGAAACGAUGCGUGAAGCAGAAGAAUGGGCUAAAGGUCUCACUUGGCCUGAGCCGAACACAUACGAGGAGUCCGCCAGAAACCGUGCUGAGAGACAGGCCGCAUUCGAAGCUGAAGACGCCCAGCAACAACAAGAAGUUGAACAACACGAAGAGACACCCGAGGAACGCGCGAAGCGACUCGACGACGAACAGCAGAUGAGAGAAGCUGAUGAAUGGGCUAAAAGCAUCAAAUGGCCUAAGCUCAAGACGUAUGUUGAAGCCGGUCUCUGCUCAGAGUACAUCGAUAACUUGAUCCGAUCGAGAUGGACGGAGGAUGACAGCAGAAUCGCACACGAGUUCUGGAGUAAGGAGUUUGAUGAGGUUGAUCGGAUGAUGAACGCUGCAAAGGCGGAGGGGAAGGAGUUGGAGUUACUCUACGAAUGA